CCCCGCGCCCGCCGCGGCUGCUCUCUGACUGGGGUGGACUGUCGUGAUUCCCUGUAGGAAGCCUUGGCUCCCGCGCACGGGUGGGCGUGGGGGGCAGGGGCGGGGCUGCGUGAAAGUCCAAGGGUCCCUGGACCUGACCCGCAAGAUCUCAAUUCUGUCUACCGUGCUGCGCCGCGCCGGGAACUAGGAUGGACAGUAGGUGCUACGGCUGCGCUGUCAAGUUCACUCUCUUCAAGAAGGAGUAUGGCUGUAAGAAUUGUGGCCGGGCCUUCUGUUCUGGCUGCCUUAGCUUCAGUGCAGCAGUGCCCCGGGCUGGAAACACCCAACAGAAAGUCUGCAAGCAGUGCUACGAGAUCCUGACCAGAGGAUCUUCUCCUGCCAUUGCCUCCAAGUGGUCACCACCUCAGAACUAUAAGAAGCGUGUGGCAGCCUUAGAAGCCAAGCAGAAGCCCAGCGCUCCCCAGAGCCAUGGACUGACCCAACAAGACCAAGUCAUCGCUGAGCGCCUAGCACGGCUCCGCCAGGAGAACAAACCCAAGUCAGUGCCCUCGCAGACGGAGAUAGAAGCCAGGCUAGCUGCACUGAGGGAUGAACCCCAGGGUUCCAUCCCUUCCACCCAGGAGAUGGAGGCACGGCUUGCUGCACUGCAGGGCAGAAUUCCACCUUCUCAGACCCCCCAGCUGGCACAUCAGCCACCAGACACCAGGACCCAGGCCCAGCAGACACAGGAUCUGCUGACACAGCUAACAGCGGAGGUGGCUAUUGAUGAGAGCUGGGAACGAGGAGGCCCAGGCCCCUCUAUCCAGAAUGACCUCAACCAGGGGGGCCCAGGGGCUCAGAGCUCCAGUCCCGAGGGGCAGACCACCUGGUCCCUGGAGGAGGAGAAGAGCAGGCUGCUGGCUGAGGCAGCGGUGGAGCUUCGGGAGGAGAACACGAGGCAGGAGCGGAUCCUGGCCCUCGCCAAGCGUCUGGCUGUGCUGCGGGGACAGGACCCGGACAGAGUGACCCUCGAAGACUAUCGCCUCCCAGACAGUGAUGAUGAAGAGGAUGAGGAGACAGCUAUCCAGAGAGUCCUAUGGCAGCUCACUGAAGAAGCUGCCCUGGAUGAGGCAAGUGGUUUUAACAUCCCUGUGGAGCCAACUCUUCAACCCAGGGCCCAGUCCUGCAGGGCAGAACCUAAGUCCCCAGAGGCCCAGGCCACAGCCCCCAGGCCUGAGGCUGAGGAAGAGGAGCUCCCCUGGUGCUGCAUCUGCAAUGAGGAUGCCACCCUGCGCUGCAUGGGCUGCGAUGGAGACCUCUACUGUGUCCGCUGCUUCCGGGAAGGUCAUGAUGCCUUUGAACUUAAAGAGCACCAGACAUCUGCCUACCACCCCCUGCAUAAAGGCCAAGAGCACUGAGGGAGCCCUAGUCCUCCCAGGAAGGCCAUUCUACAGGCUGGGCACCACCAGGGCAUCUGAUGGGAGAGCCUGUCAGGCUCGACUGCUUAUGGGUGCACCCUUUCCUGAGCAUCUGUGUCCCUGGAAGGAGGAAGGACUCUCCACUCAAGGUGAUGAUUGGAGGAGCCAGAGGGAAAGCAGAAGUUGGGAGCCUUCCAGCAUUGACUGGGAGUGAAAGGCAUGAUGGGGAAAGACCAGACUGAAUCUAAGGAGGAGCCUUGAAACUUGUUCAAGGGCCCAGGGCCCUCCACUGGUACGUAGAGGAUCUAAUAAAGUAUGUUCAUUCCUUGGA